UACAACUGUCCUCACUUCCCCGCCAGCGAGCAGAGAGGGACCACUUCAGCUCUGCUCACCCACUUGUACCGCCACGGACAUGAUGAAGGCAGUGGCGGCCGCUGCGUUGCUAGGGAUGGUUCUGUGCUGCCUGGUGCCAGUGACGUUCUCUGCUAGCACUCUCUCUGAAAGGAAACUACAAGAGGAGAGCGAGAAAGAAGCACCUCUCUCACCCGCAGCAGAGCCAGCCAAGGAAGAGAUCGAUGCUAGAGUAGAAGAGAUUGGUGAAGGCAAAGAAAAAGAGGGGAAGGCAAAGCCUGAACGGAAUCGACCAGCGUCACCGGGUGAGGAGGUGUCGGACAGAUACCCCUCUCAAAAACCUCAAAAGGGAAAUAAAAAUUGCAAACCGAAAAGACCUUGCAAGCAGAAGGAAGGGAAGUGCAGGAGUCGUUGCAAGGAAAAGGAGAAAAACUUGGGGCCUCUGUGUAAACCAAAGAAGAAAAGAUGUGUCUGCUGUGUUAAAGAGAAAAAGAAGAGGAAGUGUUCGCAGAAUGGAAGCUGCAAGGGUGCGGGGCGAUGUAAGAAACGGUGCAAGAAAGGGAAGGAGCAGCAGGUGCCUCACAAGACAUGCAAGACCAAGGGCUGUGUUUGCUGUGGCCCCAUCAAUACAGGCCCGUGUCCCGUUGACCUCACCUGCAAGGCGAAAGGCGGCAGUUGUAAGGCGAGCUGCGGUGGUGACCUGAAGGUGUCCGGACUCUGUCAGCACUGCUCUUGUUGUAUUCCUCCACGUCCGUGUCCUUUUGAUCUGGGCUGCAAGGCGAAACUCGGCACUUGUAAGUCGAGCUGCGGUGAUGACGAACUGAAAGUGUUUGGCCACUGUGACUCCCACUGUUCCUGUUGUGUUCCUCGGCCUCCAUGCCCCCUUCAUCCAAUCUGCAACGCGAAAGGCGGCACCUGCAAGGCGAGCUGUGGUCCGGGCGAGCAGAAGUUGCCUUGGCAGUGUGACGCCAAUUGUCUCUGUUGUGGCGCCGCGCCUCCGUGCUCUCUCCAUCCCAUCUGUAACGCGAAAGGCGGCACCUGCAAGGCGAGCUGUGGUCCGGGCGAGCAGAAGUUGCCUUGGCAGUGUGACGCCAAUUGUCUCUGUUGUGGCGCCGCGCCUCCGUGCUCUCUCCAUCCCAUCUGUAACGCAAAAGGCGGCACCUGCAAGGCGAGCUGUGGUCCGGGCGAGCAGAAGUUGCCUUGGCAGUGUGACGCCAAUUGCCUGUGUUGUGGCGCUGCACCUCCGUGCUCCCUCCAUCCCAUCUGCAACUCGAAAGGCGGCACCUGCAAGGCGAGCUGUGGUCCGGGCGAGCAGAAGUUGCCUUGGCAGUGUGACGCCAAUUGCCUCUGUUGUGGCGCUGCACCCGGCUGCUCGCGCCAUCCCAUCUGCAAUGCGAAUGGCGGCACCUGCAAGGCCAGCUGUGGCAAGGGGGAGCAGAAAUUGCCUUGGCAAUGUGAUGGCAAUUGCCUCUGUUGUGGCGCUGCACAGUGCGAGGAAGUGAAGGACUGCUCGGCGGUAGGCGGCAAGUGUGUCAAGGAGUGUAAAGGCAAGAUUGUACCUGACCUGUGUGACGCCAAGGAAGCCUGUCAGUGUUGCCUGGCUGCCUCUCCAUGUUCGGCCCACCCCGAUUGUACCAAGAAUGGAGGCUACUGUGCUCCGACCUGCGAUGGAGGCAAGGCUCUGCCAGGACUGUGCCACGCCAAGGACUGCGAAUGCUGCUUCUUUCCCUUGUGCAGACUGGAACCCGCCUGCCAGGCAGCGGGCGGCCUCUGCACGACUGACUGUUCUGAGGGCAACGUGCUCAAGGAUCUCUGCCAAGGAAAGGACUGCCAGUGCUGCGUGCCUCCCUCCUCCUGCAAACACACGGCGAAGUGCACCAGCAAGGGCGGCCACUGCUCCGAAACGUGCCCGGGAGGGCAGACGCUGCCUGACUUGUGUGAAGGGACGAACUGCCAGUGUUGCCUUCCUGUCCAGUGUCCCACCGACGUCUCUUGCUCUGCGGUGGGCGGGUACUGUGCCAAGAGCUGCUGUGAAGGGGCGGAGCUGAGCGACCGUUGCGGCGACGAUGGCUGCGUCUGCUGCAUACCUCCGCCAAUCUGUGAGCCGAGAAGCGCGUGCACGGACAAGGGAGGUCGCUGCGUCAAGGACUGCCCAGAAAAGAACUCGCUGCCAGAUCUGUGCAACGAAGACGAGGACUGCACUUGCUGCCUGGAGUCAAAGUGCGUGGAUGACGAGUGCAGGAAGGUGGGAGGAUUCUGCACUGCACUGUGUAGCCUGGCGGGCACAGACAUCCCUCCCAGCCUCGCCCAGUGUAGCUCAGGGGCAGACUGCGCUUGUUGCACUCCAACAUCCGUGUGUCCAGCCACCUCUCGCUGCACGGACAAGGGAGGUUUCUGCUCCAAAGACUGCGACAUUUGGUUCUUUGUGGACGAGUUGUGUGACGGAGAGGAGUGCAAGUGCUGCUUUGCUCCUAAGUGUAAGCCAAAGGGCAAGUGUACCGAGCUGGGAGGAUUCUGUACCACCAACUGUCCUGAGGGAUUCUCCACGCAGGAACUCUGUGAAGGAAACCAGUGCACCUGCUGCCUUCCGGCACUCGCGUGUCCACCGGAUAGACAAUGCACUGCGGCCGGUGGGCGAUGCACUCAGACCUGUCCCACCCAGAAAGAAGUGGCCACGUUGUGUGACGAAGGCGAGGACUGCGGCUGCUGCUUCUCUCUACAGUGCACAGCCAAGAAGAGCUGCUCGGACCUGGGAGGGCGGUGUGCCAAAACCUGCGCCGAGGGUCAGGUGGAGGUGGAAGGCGACCGUUGUGAGGGAGAGGGAUGCAAGUGUUGUGUCAAGCCUCAGUGCAAUCCUCAGUCCAAGUGCACGAAGAAAGGAGGCUACUGUGCCCCCAGCUGUCCCGACCCUGACCUGGAGCUGGAUCUGUGCGGCGAGGACUGCAAGUGUUGCUUCCCUCCCCGCGCGUGUGAGGACAGCAGGGAAUGCAAAAGAGAAAAUGGAUUCUGCACAAACAACUGUCCCGAGGAGUUCCUCGGCCCCCAGACUAGGAGUGGGCUUGUCAACUGCGAUGGGGAGGACUGCGUCUGCUGCCACGAUAAACACUGUGAGCCAAAGUCUGACUGCGUAGAGAAGGGCGGCUUCUGUGCAAAUUCUUGUCCUGACGAGAACAAAGAGGAAGGCUUGUGCUUCGGUACUGACUGCGUGUGUUGCCUCCUGCCCAAAUGUAAACCGGCGGACACCUGCGCAGAGUUGGGAGGGUUCUGCGCCAAGACUUGCCCAUCAGGAACCCUCGAGGAAGAGAAAUGUGAUGGCGACUGCAAGUGCUGUAUUCCUGAACCCGCGUGCGACACCAAGAGUGAGUGCGCCGAGAAGGGAGGCCGCUGCGCCAAGACCUGCGAGGGACAACAGAUCGACGGUCUGUGCGGCAGCCAGCGGGGAUGCAAGUGUUGUCUCGAGCCAGACUGCCAGCCAGCGGACACCUGCUCGGAGAUCGGCGGGUACUGCGGCAGCCAGUGUGGCGAAGGGGAAACUCAGGCAGACCUGUGUGGUGGAGACGGCUGCACAUGUUGCUUUGUCCUGGAUUGUGAAGCCAAGAACGUCUGCACCGAGAAAGGCGGUUACUGCACCAAGGACUGUCCAGACGGCCAGCACGUGCCGGGUUUGUGUGAGGGACAAGGCUGCGUCUGCUGCUUCUCUUCAGAGUGCUCGGCGGAGCAAGACUGCACUGACAUCGGAGGCUACUGCACCCACAACUGCAUCGAGGGCACAGAGGUUGAGGGGCUAUGCACGGAGACCGGUUGCCGAUGCUGCGUGCCGCCGCCUGUUUGUGAAGCCAAGAGGCAAUGCACGGAGCGGGGAGGUUUCUGCGCGCUCACCUGCGAGGACGGCAUGAGUGUGGAUGGCGAUCUGUGUGACGGGGACGACUGUGCUUGCUGCUUCCCCCUGCAGUGCAGCACCACGCCCUCCUGCAGCGCCGCGGGAGGAUUCUGCUCGCGGGACUGCCAGGGCUUGCCGUCUGUGGAGGGCGAGUGUGGCGCGGGCUGUCACUGCUGCAUUCCCGCCGCUGCCUGCAAAGCCAAGCCGGCCUGCACGCUGGUGGGCGGCUGCUGCGUGAAGGAGUGCGAGGAAGGCAAGGAGAUCGCCGGGCUGUGUGAGGAGCGAGACUGCAAGUGCUGCUUCUCUCCUCAGUGCAAGUCUGCCCCGCAGUGCACCGCCUCGGGGGGAUUCUGUACCAAGGAGUGUGCAGGAAACGUGUUGCCUAUCAAAUGUGAAGACAAGGACUGUCAGUGCUGCUCCCUCGCCCAGUGUGAUGCCACAACGGAGUGUUCCGAUGUGUGGGGAGUGUGCGCCAAGUCCUGCCAAGGCCCUGCUGUCGCCAAGCUGUGUAAGGGAGGAUGCAGCUGUUGUCUGUCUCCUCCUGCGUGCUCCCCUAAGGCAGAGUGCACCAGAAAGGGAGGCCAUUGCUCCCAUAACUGUGCAGGUGACAAGUCCUUGCCAAACUUGUGUGACGGAAACUGCCAGUGUUGUUUCUCCAAUACAUCACCAGAGUAAGAUUGCUACGUAGAUCGACGACUCCCAUGUGAUCUAUUCUCUUCAGGAGGAAAGACGUGAAGUGACGAGCACGAGUUUUCAAUGUUCUUCACUCAUCAUCGCUGUUUUUAUCUAGGAGUUUUAUAUGUUAAGGAUGUCUUUUCAUUUGAUCAUAUAUACAGCUUAGUUCUUUAGAGAAAGUCUGCGUUUUCGAUCUUGUAUAAAGGUUCGCCCAAUGCGUCUUUUUAAAUGAAUAUGCUUUCUGUUUUUCAUGGCUUCCAUAUUUUAUGUAUUAAGCACGUCUUAUUCCAUAUUGUAUGAAUAUAUUAUAUAACAGUGAACAGC